UAUGAGUAAAUUGGAUUGAGAUAGAGGGCACGAGUCCUAGUGGAACAGAACACAGUCAACAGAGAGAGAGAGAGAUCGCCACCAUGGCCUCUGCAGUUCUUCACAUUUCUUUCCCUCCACCCCCAACGGCUCAUUUCUUUCCCUCCACCCCCAACUUCCUCCGGCCAAUAACUCCCGCCCAAAGACCCGAACUCCACCGCAGCCGCCGUCGAUAUAGAAUUGCCAAGAUACCCCUAUCUUCAUCUUUCAGAAGAGGAAGCAACAGCCCAGCAGAGGCAGGCUGCCCUGUUCCGCCGGAGCAGCAGCCGAUAAACGAGUACCAGAAUCUCUCUACCUCCUUCCCCUUCUCCUGGGCAGCCGGCGACCUAGUCGAGUACUGCUCUCGACUGAUCGCAACCGGGUCCUCUUUCGCUCUCCUCGUCGGCCUCCCGGUCGCCUCCUUCGGCGCCCUGGGUGGGCCCCAAUCGGACCCACUGAGGCAGUCCCUGUACGCGGUUUCAAGUGGGUUUUUGGUGGUCACUCUCGCCGUCGUGAGGAUGUACCUGGGUUGGGCUUACGUCGGCAAUAGACUGCUCAGCGCCACCGUUGAAUAUGAAGAGACUGGAUGGUAUGAUGGUCAGAUGUGGGUGAAGACUGCUGAAGUUUUGGCGCGGGAUCGGCUACUCGGUUCAUUUUCUGUUAAGCCAGUGCUGAGCAGAUUAAAGACUACACUCGUAUUUCUUGCGGCGUCUAUACUUUCAUGUGUUCUUCUCCUCGUUUCCCUUGACGGAGGCCAAAUUGAAGAAGCCGGGAAUAGGGUUAUACCCGGAGUUUACAAUGAUGAUUCUGCGAGAUCGUUCGAGCCUGACGCCUUUUGCGGUGAACCUGGUCUUCCCUAAUUCUCAGUCACUGAAAAACUGCAGUGCGAAAAACGCAACAUGUCUAUAUGUAUAUAUACUGUCUAUGCAAGGAUGUAGAAUUAAUCCCCUUGCUGUACAUAGUAAUGAUAUAAAUUGUAAAUCUUUGACACAUAUCAAAAUGUCCUGUUAAAAUCACAAAGAGAAGUUUUUAUGUACA